AGCAUACAAUCAAUACAAUUCUUAACGUUAACAUUACCAAUUAUUUGUGUUAAGUAUUAGUAAAAUCGUUAUUCUUUAAAGCAUUUUGCUAAUUUUAUAAAAGAAAUUUAAAACAAAAAGACAAUUAGUUGUUAGAAUGAAAAACCGGUUUGUCAAUAUGUGGACAUGGAGACUCCUACUGUUAGGUGCAUUAUGGGAGUACACCGGUGCCACUUCGUGCACGGACCUCACCAAAAAAACCUGCACGCCGACUCUACAGGUGACUGGCACGUGCACUAACUCGGUGUGUGACUGCAAGAGUGGUUUGGUGUCAACACGGACAGGAUGCAGCGGCGUGGUUCAACCUAAGAUAGGUAUUGUUCCUCAUGACGGAACUAAUUAUGCAGCUUCAAGUAUAGGAAGCGGAGAAGUUUACGUUGGGAAAGACAUCAAACUUGUAUGUAACCCAAACUAUGGGAACGGAGUUUAUGCCUGGACACAUAACAACAAUCCAGUGCCAAAUGAAGCCAACAGGGAACUGAUUUUGACGAGUGUAACGGCGACCAUGACAGGCAAUUACAGGUGUCAAAUUAGAUUUCCCACUGGAGACUUCGAGACAGCCCUCAGCGAAUCAGUGCUCAUAAAGGUCAUAGAUGGUCUUAGUGGAAACAACUUUGCGAUUCUGCCUCAGGUUGUUGGUAUGCCUGCACGUGCUUUCUCUAGCGCUACAUUCACUCUGAAGUGUGUUACUAUCCCAUCUGGACUGCUCUUGACAUACCAAUGGGUUGUAGGUGGAACGGACAGUUCGGGGGCAACAAGUGAUACUUUUCCUGUGACACAGCCUGGGUCAUCUACAACUUACAGUUGCCGGGUUGGCACAACAGACAAUAUAACGCCUGCGACAGGAAUUCCAGCAACCAGUGCCGUUGUCAAUUCACCUUCCACAGUCAGCUUGAUCUCUGGAGUCUUCCUGUCCAGUGUCGACCCUGCUAAUCUUCCAGCAGACCCGAAUGGACCCAGACCUGAUGUCCCUCCCGUAAUCUCUGCUGAAGUAGGCGGUGCCGUACAAGUCUAUUGUGCGGUAAAUGACACUGACAUUGCUAUAAGCACAGCUACUUACGUGUGGCAAAAAGAUGGGGGAACUAUUACCGGGUCCGGUAAUUCAUACUCUAAAUCAAAUCUCGUUGCCGGAGACACCGGAAGCUACACAUGCGUUGCCACUGUGGGCGGAACACCUUAUACUUCAAGAGCAGUGCGGCUUAAUGUUGAGAGCAAGAUAAUUGACUCCGUUGAUCUUGUCGUGAUACCAACAACUCCUGUACUCACGGGUUACGCCGUCCUUGACUGUCAAGUAAAGAUCGCAGACUUACGCCGGGUGAACUACACCUGGACAAAGAACAGCAUUACAAUGCCCAACAUCACCGACAGAGCAUUGCAGAUUAAUAAUUUGGUUGCCUCAGACAAUACAGCGUAUGCAUGUACUGCUAGUGUUGGCUUGGAUUCAGCUUCAGAUUCAAUUACUUUAUCAGCACCUGCUUUAGGAAGUGCAACACCUGCGGUUACAUCUAAAAGUACUAUUUUUGGUGUUGGAAACAAAUACACUCUGACAUGUGGAGAAGACUACACUAUCCCUGGCCUGACUUACAGAUGGUAUGAAGAUGACAACAUAGUGUCAGGCCAAACCUCAAAGACCUAUGAGCUAACUGUGAAAGCAGGAACGAAAGUCUACAAAUGUGACAUCGCUCUUGGUACCACCAUAUCAUCUAAAAGCACCCCAGGCCUCACUGUUGCUGCCAACCCUUUUUCAGCCGUUAAUAUCAACGUGGGCACCAUUAAACUUGAUACAACAUACCAACCGCUCACUGCUACUAGUGUCACACUGACCUGCGUGGCCACAAUGGCAGCUGGUGCUACUGGUACAGUCACCUACUCAUGGACAAAAGACAGCGGAGCGACAGGUUCAGGAACUUCGACCUUGACUUUCACGGCUGGGGCUGCUACUAAUGGGGCUUAUAAAUGCAAAGCUACACUGGAUAGUGGGAAUUUAGAAUCCCCAGAAGUGACUGUUACAGCCGCAGCGAGUUUAUCAGCACCUACAAUCGGCACAACAGCUGACAGGUACUCAGGCGAUCAAAAAUCCUACAGUGAGGGAGCUGACUAUGAACUAACAUGUGAAUCUUCAUCGUACAGCCCUGAUAUGCAGUUUGUCUGGACGAAGGACACUGUCAAUGUUGGUACCAGCAGAGUCUAUAAGAUAACAAAUGCUAACAAAGUGUCAUCUGGUGGAAGCUUUACAUGUUCUGUCACACUGGGGACUUCAACAGUAACAAGUGCUGCAGUGACCAUAACUAUUGGAGAAAAAGGUAAACCUUGUGAAUUUGUUAAUGACUGUGAUGGUGACCAGUAUGAUGAUGUGUGUUUGAGCAACCGCUGUGUUUGUGCCACUGGCUAUGCACUUACCGGAAACACUUGUUCUGGACAAGGAAUAGUGACCAUCUCAAUGCUGCUGCUUGUAUUGUGUGGGCUCAUCAAACUGAUCCUGUAACUGGACAACAGUGGACAACAUACAGUCUAAUGUUUAGGCAAUAGGAUAACACUGUCUUACACAUUAAGACGUGUCUAGUCUUAUGCUGGAAUAUUAUGAUUGUGUGAAAGCUUAUUCCAAAACUUUAAGUUUAUUAUUUUUCUUAAUUUUAUUUUUCAAAACUAUGACAAGCCUGUAUCUGAAAGUCCUUUUAAGGAUUGCGGUACAAGCUUUGAUUUUAACUUUUUCUUUCCUUUUUUCAUGUGUUAGAUUUUUAAUCUAGUGGUUGUAUGUAAUUAACAUUUUUAAAAAAAGUUCAUUGAAGAUUGUAAAGAUUAAUUUAUUUCCUAGUUAAAGGUGAAGUUAAUUUUUAUUUAAAAAAUCUUCUCUGAUAAUGAAGGCUCACCAAGGUGAAUUUUAUAUUUGAUGGUUUAUAAAUUAUUUUAAUGAUAAUUUUCAAAUGUUUGUUUAUUUUUUUAUAAAAGAUUUUAAUUUUUAAAAAUUUUAAUUAGAAACAUUCCAAAAAUAUAUAUUAUUCAAAAUUUAAAUAUAAAUUAUAACAUACCAAGAGUCUUAUUUUUAAAAAUAUUGUUGCUAAUUUAUCUUAAAUUUUACAAGUGGUAUCUUGCCACCUGUGAAAUAGGGAAAAUUUGUAUUUAAUUUUAAUAAAUCCAUCAUUAGUACAUAACAAUUAUCCUUUUUCAAAAAAAAAAAUUAAAAUUCUGAUGUUAAAUACAUAAAAUACCCUGUGAUUUUUUGUUAUAGAAUUUAUGCAACAGUAUUCAUGUGCUUUUUUUUCCCCAGUGUUUUUACAUUUUUAAUAAUAAGAUUUACACUUUUUAUGAUUCUAAUAUUAUUAACAAACUGCUGUGAUUUGAUAAAAUAAGGCAAUCUGAUGUCUCCAUUGGUAUUCCUUACCUAAGCAGCAAUUUUUUAUGCACCUUUUUGUAGUAUUAUUUUAACAAUAUAGCACAUUAAACAAUAACAAUCAAUAGAUGUUUAAAGAAACAAGAAUACAAACAGACAUACAUAUUUUUUCUCCUAAACCUUAGCAGAUAUGAAUACAUAUGUAUGAAUACAUAUAUAUAAAUACAUAACAAAAAUACAGAUAUUUAUAAUUAUAGUAGAUCAAUACAAAAUUACUAAUACAUAUAAUUUUGGACACAUAAAUCACUGCUUUUUUUAGAAAUAUUUCAAAACACAUUCAAUAUAUCAUAAACAUGUCUAGAACUACAACUAUUGGGUUGCUAAAUAACAAGUAUGUGAUGUAAAAACAAUUUAUUUUCUUUUUCACUAUACCUAAAUACAGGAAAUAAGAAUUCUUUACAAACAUUUGUAAAUGAAAAAAGGGCAAUACCAUCAUAGGACAUAUACAUAGCUGUUGCUUCUGUUAUGCAUUUAGGCCUACAUCCACAAUCAAACCUGGCCUAGUCAAAAUUAUAUAUUUAAUUAAAGUACUGUCAAGUACUGUAAAGAAACAGUCUCACUCUAAUUACUAAUCUGCUUCUAAACUGCUGAAUAAAAUGAAUAACGCUAUGAAUAUCUAUGUGUGCUAAUUUUAAAUAUACAUUUAUAAUUGAUUGUACAACUAGAAUAUCUGCUGACUUUAUGAGGGUUACUUAAAGUGUUUUUUUUUCUCUUUUAAUUAAUAACUUAAAUAAAUAUAAUUCAUGUUUAAUCUUAAUCUUAAAAGAACUCUUUGCUUUUUGUGAUCAAUUGUAAAAAAAAAAUAACUGAUACAACACUAGCAGUUUGAAAUUAUCAUUAAAAUGUUAAGAAAAAUCUAUUUCAUGAAUCGUUUCUUUAGGUAUGUAUAGAAGUUUUUACCAACAACUGAGGAAAAUUAAAGAUAAAUUGUGAUCAAA